UCAGCGGGGCCACUUUAAUGCUUUUGUUGGGAUGAAUACGACUUGGGGAACAGUUUAAAAAAUCUUGUGUACGACACCAGCCGAUCAUGUACAGUCCUUGACACGAAUAUACAUCAUGUCAAGGAUUGGGGAUAUUAUUCAUUUGAAUGUCGGUGGGAAGAGGUUCAGUACUUCAAAGCAGACGCUGACAUGGGUUCCCGACUCCUUUUUCUCAAGUCUCCUAAGUGGUCGGAUAUCAACUUUGAAAGACGAAACUGGAGCGAUAUUCAUAGACCGGGACCCCUCACUUUUUGCUCCGAUUCUCAACUUCCUCCGAACCAAAGAGCUGCACCCCAGGUCUGUGAAUGUGCACUUAUUAAUGCAUGAAGCAGAGUUCUAUGGAAUCACUCCCCUUGUGCGUAAGCUGCAGCUGUGCGAUGAGCUGGAUCGUUCCUCGUGUGGGACUGUGCUCUUCAAUGGCUACCUUCCUCCUCCAGUGUAUCCUGUGAAGAGGCGUAACCGGCACAGUGUGGCAGGCCCUCAGUUCAUGGGCGGCCGAUCUGGCCCCGUGGAGCGGGCACCCGUCCGCCGGAGUAACACCAUGCCACCCAACCUGGGCAACGCUGGCAUCCUGGGCAAAGCUGCCAUGGAGGAGAGGGUGAUAGGCUCUGGUUCAGUGAUGGAUGCAGGGAUGGUGCGUAUCGUCUGUGGACAUCACAACUGGAUUGCUGUGGCGUACGCCCAGUUUGUCGUGUGCUACAGGAUGAAAGAGUCAUCUGGCUGGCAGCAGGUGUUCACUAGCCCGCGGCUGGACUGGGUGAUUGACCGCGUGGCCCUCAACGCCAAGGUGAUGGGAGGCUCGCUAGGCGACAACGACAAGAUGGUGGCCGUGGCCUCGGGCACCGAGAUCAUCCUGUGGGCCAUCUGCCCCGAUGGCAACGGCAACGAGAUAGGUGUGUUCAGCUUGAACGUGCCCGUGGAGGCGCUCUUCUUCGUGGGGAACCAGCUUAUCGCCACCAGCCACACGGGCAAAGUUGGCGUGUGGAACGCCGUUACCAAACACUGGCAGAAUCAGGAUGUGGUUCCCAUCAACAGCUACGACACGGCUGGGUCCUUCCUCAUCCUGGGCUGCAACAACGGCUCCAUCUACUACAUCGAUGUGCAGAAGUUCCCCCUGCGGAUGAAGGAUAAUGACCUGCUGGUGACUGAGCUGUACCGAGACCCGAGUGAAGACGCCAUCACCGCCCUUAGUGUUUACCUCACACCUAAAACAAGCAUCAUGAAAUGUGACAGUGGUAACUGGAUUGAGAUAGCGUACGGCACUAGCUCUGGCACGGUGCGAGUGAUCGUCCAGCACCCCGAGACGGUGGGCUCGGGCCCCCAGCUCUUCCAGACCUUCUCUGUCCACCGCAGCCCUGUCACCAAGAUCAUGCUCUCCGAGAAACACCUCAUCUCAGUGUGCGCGGACAACAACCACGUGCGCACCUGGACGGUGACACGUUUCCGCGGGAUGAUCUCCACACAGCCGGGCUCCACGCCCCUCUCCUCCUUUAAGAUCCUCUCGCUGGACGACAUCGACGGACACGCCGGCUGUGGUGCCGGCACUGAGAUCGGUCAGUCACAGAAAGGGAUCCAGCAAGUGUUCAUCCAGAGAGUGGUCCCCGACACCGACAAGCUCUACGUCCGACUCUCCUCCAACGGGAAGAGGGUGUGUGAGGUGCGCUCGGUGGACGGCACGUCCAUCACAGCCUUCAUGGUGCACGAGUGCGAGGGCUCCAGCCGCAUCGGCUCGCGGCCUCGCCGCUACCUCUUCAGUGGCCACGGCAACGGCAGCAUCCAGAUGUGGGACCUGACCACCGCCAUGGAGAUCGCCGGGAAGGUCGACAUCAAAGCGCUGGGCGGGCCUACAGAGGAGGAGCUGCUGGAGCUGCUGGAUCAGUGUGAUCUGGCAUUGACCCGGACGCCAGACAUGAGUCCAGCUGCCUCACUCACACACUCCAGCACGCCACGCUCAUCCACCUGCAGCCUGGUGUCCCAGACGUCCAGUGAUCGUGGAGUCGUCCUCCGCGGUGCUGCGGCUGGUCUGACCGGCAGCCUGCCCCGCCAGGCGCCCCUGGUGCCCUUCUCCCGCCCCCCCCCUGGGCAGGCGCAGGCGUCCCUGAGCGGCGGCGGUGGCGUGGGUGGGGGCAGCCCCCUCCCUCCCCGCGGCCCCCCCGAGGCCCUGCGGCGCGGCAGCUUCGCCGAGCGCUGCCAGGAGAGAGCCAAGGGCGCCGAGGGCAUGGGCAUGGGCAUGGGGGCCCGCGGGGGCGGUCAGCUGGGCUUGCGCAGCCUGGCCGUGUCCAGCGAGCUAGAGGCGCGGCUGGGGCUCCGCUCGCCGCCCGGCUUCCCCUCUUCGUCCCCCUCCCAUCCUCCCUCACCCCCCCCCACCCCCACCCCUCCUCUCCCUGGCCCGGCCCUCAGCCCGACGCGCUCCCAGACGCCCGUCUCUCCCCCGCGUCGACCGUCCGCCACUGCCGCCGGCCCCAGUGCAGAGGCCACACCCACCGACAGCACCAGCCCCUCCUCCGACAGCCUAGCGUCGCCCCCAGCAACCAGCCCCAAACCACACAUGAACGAGACAAGCUUUUGAUUGGCUGGAUGCACGCUUUGAGCGUGUAUGUGUGUGUGCGUGUGUUUGCAAACAAAAAUGUAGCUGAAGUAAAUCUUUAAGAUUACAGGAUCUUUUUUAAUGACUGCAAUCUCUAAAUGUCCAUGAAGUGUUUGCAGUUGUGUCAAGGGCUUCCCAACCAUAGCUUUACCAUGGGGGUGUGGGGGGGAGUUUUAUGAGUUACUGUUUCUAUUAUAAGUGAUAUUGGUUUUGUUUAUUUUUUUCUAACGUAUAAUGUAUGAAUUGAACCACGUUGAAUCAGAUAUUUUAUACGACUAAUUCACCCUGUCUCUCCGGCCCUCAGUGCUGCACUGUUGAGCUCCAGACGUAACGCAAGCAUUCCUCCAUCUCGACCUGAUUUCCAUGAGAAGUGAUGUGUUUGCUCAAAGAGAAACUGAAAGAAAUUCAUUCCACCGCUUCAGAUGGCUGACGGCUAGGGUAUGGGGCUCGGGUCAAGUAGAAACAGAUGGACUUAAGCCGAGGGUUACGGUUGUCAGUGGCUCUCGCAGAACCGGGCCGAUUUGGCUCGGGGGGGGGGGGCACCAGGGAACUCCUCCUACCCUGUAGAGUACCAGAGUCCAGAACCAUAAUUGGGCCCAGAUUAGAGUUGACCACAGAAGUGGUUCAUGCCCCUUUUGAAACCCAGUUCCAGAGUGGGUGGGACAUAUCAGUGUUGAGAGGGAACAGUCUUACACGAUUGGACCAGAAUUUAACUGUCAAUCCAGACUUCCAGGUUGACGAGUUUUGCUUUGGCCAUUUUGUGAUAUUCACUACAGGAAGCUCCGUUAGACUUGAUUGUAAGUGUGCCCCGCUUGGCUAUGCUAACAUAUGAUCAUAUUCUUCUGUUCUUCCUCUGCAGAACAGAAUCCACUUAAUGGCUGCAAAUGUCCAGAGCCAGUUUUGACGUGUUCAGAGUACAGCCAGGGUCCAGAUUGUACUGUAUGUCCAGGCUAGAUACCAUAGCUAUGGCAGAAAAGGGCCAUUUCAAGUGUGUGUGUGUGUGUGUGUGUGUGUGUG